AUGGGAGUUGAGAAAAUGGAAAUGGAAGACACAGAUUCAACUCUGAUGGAGAAAGGCAAGAAGGCACCUGUGGCCAGAAGUCCCAACACAUAUGAGAGACUAUGCCAGCCCUGCCUGGCAGAGAUAGUGGGGACCAUGUUCUUCGUUUUCAUCGGCUGUGUGUCAGUCAUCGAGAAUGUGCCAGCAGCUGGACGGCUGCAGCCAGCCCUGGUGCAUGGACUGGCAGUGGCAGUGAUGGUGGCGGUCAUGGAUAACAUUAGCGGCUCCCAUUUCAACCCUCCCUUCACCAUUGCCAUCUACCUGUGUGGAGGCAUGGAGCUGAUUAUGGUGGGACCCUACCUCGUCAGCCAGCUAAUUGGAGGAGUCCUUGGAGCUGGAAUGGCAAAGAUGAUGGUGCCUGCAGAAAGAUACAGAAAUGCCACAGGGGCUGCGUUUGAUAUCCUCAAGUCAGAAAGUCAGCUGCCUGGAGCCAUCUUUGGGGAGGUGGCCAUGACCUGCUUGGUGACCAUGGUGGUGCUGCUGGUAGCCGUCAACAAAAAGACAAAAACCCCCUUGGCUCCAUUCCUGGUGGGGUGUACUGUCAUCAUUAACAUCCUGGCAGGGGGUGAUGUAUCAGGGACGUGUCUGAACCCUGCCAGGGCUUUUGGCCCAGCUGUGAUGGCCAACUACUGGGAGUACCACUGGGUGUACUGGGCUGGACCCAUAGGAGGAGGCCUGGUAGCCGCUGCUUUGCUCAGGCUCAUUCUCGGUGACCAUCAGUUACGAGUGAUCUUGAAAUCAUAAUAGUCUCCAUUGUGGUUUUAUUGCUCAGACGACAAUAAAGCUGUUAACAUUGUGUGUCCCAGCAGAUAAUAAUCAUGAUAAUAAUAAUGAUGUAUUUUAUUUAAC